UGGGGGGGGGGGGGGGGGUUGCACGCCUUGCUUUUCCAUGAGUAAAGCCAAACUAGCUAAACUUCACAUCUGUGAAUCUACGACUCAGAUUUUAUAUGCGCAGCUGUAGCUACCAGGAUCCUUUAAUUGCCUUUGACACAGUUUUUUUAUUGACAAUUUUUUUAUUUGAUACAGUUGCUUAUUGUCAGUUCAAGGACAAUUAAUCUUCUACACUAAAUACGGUAAAUAUAGCUGUUGAGUUCACCAACAACUUUGUUGUGAAAAAUAAAAAACAUCUUUCGUGACAAAGAUUGCAACAUCUGUUAGUUUUGUUGUUCCACAUACUGUAGAACUGAAACAAAACUGGUCUUCAUUGUUGAUUAAUUUGCCAAGUAUUUAUUUGAAAAUGCAAUACUCUACAUUUUGAGCAGUGUUGGAUUGUUAGCUGUGUAAUACAAAGUGUAGUUUAUGAAUAGAUGAUGGAUACACAAGUGACUCGAAUAUAGUCAAAGAAGGAAAGAAAGUCCUAUGCAAACCAGACAGAGUGUAUUAAACUAAUUUUAACUCUUUGGUAAGUGUCAUUUCAAAUAAAGAAAGGAUGAUAUUCAACUGAGAAUUACAUUAUAAUUGAUUGACUUAAUUUGCCAUCUUCAUCUUUGUGGUGUGUAUUUUGUGUCUGUCCCAAAGGCAAAUAUACUGUAGUAGUUCUGAUUUUCACUUCCUCCCUUCUUUAUCUUAGAUCGCACUGAUCUUGACAUGGCUUUCAAAACCAACUUUUUAUAAUUCACCUAUUAAGUUUCUGUUCAACUGAUCAACCAGAAAUCAUUUUCCAUUGUGUACGACAGACUUUCUGAUGGAUUUGUUCUUGAUAUAUGGCAGGGAGUAUGUAUGCAAAGUUUCUACAGUAUGCAAGUUCCUAGACCGUAGCUGAGCAUGCAUAAAUCUAGGAAAAACACUUUUAAAGUGCUGAUAGAAAGAUUCUUCAGAAAACACUCACGCUUUCUUGUGAAGCGGUGCCCUACGUGUACAUGUGAAGGUGUGAACUUUAUCUUUCCAAUAUUUAGAUUAGUUUCUGCAGCUAGUGGUCUGCAGGACUAAUCUGAAUAAUGAGUAGCAGCAGUAGUUGAGUAGCAGCAAAUUAGCAGAUAAAAGAUCUCUACAUUCAAGCCUGCUUGUCCAACUCUCCCUGAUGAUCGCCAGCAGUAGUUGUUAGGACGGGGAACAACCAGCAGGACAGCGGCCAUUGAAGAGUGGAAUUGCCCACCCCUGCUGUAAAAAUUGAAGGUGCAACAUAACUGACAGCAUAACAUGCACAUUACAGUCCAUACUGCAGCUUUAGGUUUAGUAUUAAACCCAGCCCUGUAGUGCUGUAGCAUGAAGUACAGUGCUCUUCAUGAAAGGGAUGGUAUGUGUUUACGAAACAAUAUCGUUGGUUUUAAAUACUGUAGUGCUUCCAAUAAUAAUUUCCCACAAGCAACCGGCCACCACAUGCCUAGUGGUGUUGUGUUGCUCGUUUCUAAACUAGCCCUGAACUUACAAACAAAACAAGAGCAAGGAAAGAGUAACUUAAUAUUAAUACUCUCCUCUAGUUUUACUCAGUAACUUACUAAAAAAUUACCCUGGUCACAAUUACAGUUUUUUAUGUAGCCACACAUAAUUCCUAUUCAUUUCUAUCUUCUUCAAUUUGUAGUGGAGUAAAGUCUAUAGCAUAGCUAAAAAGUUUGACAAAUUGUAUUACAGCAUACGUGGGAGCAUACGAGAGAAACCAACGGAUACGAAGGCAUAUUGCAGUUCCUGCAGCACUGCUAAAACGUAAUUGGAAGCUGCAGGUUUAUGAACGCUAACAACUUAAUUGCUGUUUGUGUUCAUAUUUCAAGUUCAGUGUAGUUGCUCAUUGAAGUCUUUCACUAAAACAGAUUAAAAGAAAUUAUAAUGAAAGAUUAUACGGAGAAGUGACGAUGUUUAUCAAAUGAUUGUAGAAACACACAGCAACAACUUGUUACAACUACUGUAGCUUUGUGCUGCUGGUGUGCCUUGUACAACUUACAAAGCUGUAUUAGCAACAACAGCAGUUGUAGAUUUAAAAAAGGCCAAAGUCCAGGCAGUGUUCGUAUUCUCUUCGGUUGCGUCUGUCUUGUCAGUGUUCCCUUCUCUCAGGCUGCGUUGGGGCCUGCCUGGCUCUCUGGGAUGAGGCUCUCAGGGCCUAUUCUGGGUGAGGCGAGCCCACCACCUACACAUCCUGCAGGGGUGGAGAGAGGCAUGUGGUCCUCCCAGAAACUCAGGCCUGUUGACUGCCACUCCUCUGUUAGCUAGGCCUCCGCAGGACCUCACAUGCACAGGAAGAGUCAAAAACAAGCUUCUUUCAGACUUUUUACAAUGAAAGGUAUGGCGGCGGUGUUGCCGAGAACCCUGGGUGAGCUCCAGCUCUACAGGAUCCUGCAAAGGGCCAACCUGCUCUAUUACUAUGAGGCUUUCAUUCAGCAGGGCGGCGACGACGUGCAGCAGCUGUGCGAAGCUGGCGAGGAGGAGUUCUUGGAAAUCAUGGCCCUCGUCGGCAUGGCGAGCAAGCCGCUGCACGUGCGCCGUCUACAGAAGGCGCUGCGCGACUGGGUCACCAACCCGGCCAUCUUCAAUCAGCCCCUAACCACGCUGCCUGUCUGCAGCAUCCCUGUCUACAAGCUGCCCGAGGGCUCGCCCACACUGCUUAGCGCUCAGGACCGAGCCAACAGCGCCAGUGUCAAGAUGCCAAAAGCUGUAGCUGCCGCUUGCUCUGACCCAGGGAAGCUGGACGUUGCUCGGGACAAAGUCUCAGCUGGGUCGCCCCUGCAGGGCAGCAGUGAGGCUCGGUUCUGGUCGGGCCACAGCAACGACAGCGAGCACAGUCUGUCGCCGUCAGACCUUGGCUCCCCCUCGUCUCCCAGAGACGCUUUGGAGGCUCUGGAUGCUGCAGCCGUUCAGUCAGUCCUUGAGUGUGUGGACAGGAUGGUGCCAGGACUUCCUAAAACCGACCUGGCUGAGGUCAAAGAGCAACUGAAAACCAACAAAAAGCUAGCAAAGAUGAUUGGACACAUCUUCGAAAUGAGCGACGAUGACCCGCGAAAGGAGGAGGAGAUUCGCAAAUACAGCGCCAUCUAUGGACGCUUUGACUCUAAGAGGAGAGAUGGCAAACACCUGACACUGCAUGAGCUGACGGUGAAUGAAGCAGCAGCUCAGCUCUGUAUGAGGGACAUGGCUCUGCUGACACGUCGGGACGAGCUGUUCGGACUUGCUCGACAGAUUUCAAGAGAGGUCACCUACAAGUACACGUACCGCACCAGCAAGUCUCGCUGUGGAGACAGAGACGAGCCAUCCCCCAAACGGAUUAAAACAGAGGAGAACUUCUUUGAUAUCCAGGAGGCACUGCAGGCCAUUCACAUGAGGCAGGAGAUGCUGAGGGAGCAGCUGGCCUGCGCCAAGUCGAAAGGAGAGGAAACCGUCGGACGCAACCUGCAGAUGCAACUGGAGCGUCUGCUGGCUCGGCAGAUGGAGAUCUUGCAAGACGCCGCUGUUCAGGAGCGGCUUCAAGCCCUGGAUUGGAGAAUUCCUCCUGCUGCCUUAAAGUACCUCAAUGAAGCCCAGAACACCAACGGAGCUGUCACUGACACCAGCAGGGACAACCAAGAUGAACGUCCUAUCAACUUACGAGUUGUUAGUCAAAGCAUGCAGGAAGGGGAACUUCCAUUGGGCAAACAACUAGCCAAUGAACUUAAACGCCAUCAUAACCAUAACAACAACAAUAACAGCAACACAGAGGAAACCAAAACACCAGCAUCAGAAAAUGGGUCAUCGCAGCGGAUGUUGAACAAUGCAGAAAAGAAGACCAUCAAGGCAGAGCCGGAAGACUCCACAUAGUGCCUCCUGCCUCACCCUCCAAUUACCACUCAUACCCACCCCCUCAUUUUACUCACACUUGACAGUAUGCAGUUAUUUACCCAUCAAUAGAUACUAAGCAAGCACAGCCACAGUAGAGCCUUAACAACCAAUGUUGCCUCAUGAAAAGCAUUUAUUUUUCUUUGGUUUUGUCUUUUUGUUUGUUUGUUUGUUUUAAUAGGUAUUUGCCAAAGCAUCUAGAGAGCAAGUUGAAAAACCCUUGGCGCUCAGCUGGUCAUUGUUGGUUGAUUAAUUGUCUUUGUAACUUAAAAAAGAUCUGUUGCUGACAAUUUUAUAGUCCUUACCUCUCCCUGGGGGGAAUUUGUUAUUUUCUUUGGACAGCCAAGUUGUAGGUUGUGAUGCUUGGGCUGAGUUCUUAACCCAAACCUGGAUUCAACCAUCAAUCAAUAGCAACAUUCAUAAAAUUUGUUGCCAAUGAUGCUGCUUGUCCAUAUUGUUGUGGGUACAGCACUUUGACAACACAUUUUUAAGGCUUCCUUGAGUCAUUUGCACCUCAAAACAGAUUUUCCAGAUUUUUAGCAAGACUGCAAAUAUUUUUGGCACUAAAAUCAUGGUUUCCAGAGGAUGAACCUUUUUUUUUUUUUUUUUUUUAAUCCACAAAACGUGGUUUCAAAAUCAGGCAUGAAGUUGGUAACAAAGAUAUCUGCAUACUGGCAGCUUCUAAAGGCACGUUUAAAGGUCAAUUUCACAAUAUUAAUAAUAUAUUAUGGAUUGCGGCUCCAGCCGUUUGGUUGGGAGCGUUGGGCUCCUGACAAUAAGGUCGUAGGUUCAGUUCUAGCCUCAGGAGUUACAAGCCAGUGACUUCUGUACUGGAGCCUGGAUAAAUAGAGGGGUUGCAUUAGGAAGGGCAUCCAGCAUAAAAGCUUACCAAAUCAUUCGCCGUGGCAACCCCUAAUGGGAAGAAAGCAGAAAGGAGUUACCUAAUUGUAUUUUUAAAAUAAUUAAGUUAGCUUCUAAUGCCUUAUAGCUGCACAGAGUGCUUUUGAUAAUUUCUCAAUCACUCAGCACAUACUAACCGUAGACAUACACAAUCUGACCUGGAGCAGGUUAAACUUUUUGAUUUUCAGAUUUUAAAUAUACCAGUAAUGACUAAAUCAGCAUUUGGCUGGAGGCCUAAGGUCAUUUUUCUGAACUUCAACUGUCUUCUAACUUUCUAUCACUCUCCUAAUUCUAGCUUUCGUGUUUUCAUUUAUACUGUAACUGAAAACAAUAGUGUAGUACUGUACUUUAGGGAGACUGAGUUAGGAUUCAGCCCCUCUGGCAGGUUCUCUUUUGUUUGUUUGUUUUUGUUGGUUACUUCAGAUGGGAUUAACCCUUCCUCACUCUUGUCUUAUGUAUAUUUAUAUACAGGGAGGUAAUUUAAGAUUAGUAUGUAUAGGGGCUGUGGAAUAACAGUAGGGGACAUCUGUAAUGACAUUUGGCUGGUAUGCCAGAUGCUAAUGGUUAAUUUUACUUUGUAAUUUAGCAAAAUACUGCUGUUAAACUGAAACCAUGCAUCUGCAUACAGAGUAUUUUAGAAAUACUGGUUCUUACAAACUAAUCCAACAAGCUUUCUGCACGCCCUAUGGGUUGCAGAAAUUUGGUGUUUCAACAACAUCAAAUUUCCUGUUUUUUGUUUCUCUUUGUGGAGCAGCAAUCUGUGGUCUGUAAAUAGUACCAUGAUAACAAAUAGUGCUAGCCUAAUCUCUCAACCAGGGUUUUCCUUCGUCAAGUGUAAUUUUGCUGUAGAUUCUUGGUGUCAAUGCAGUGUUAAUGUAUGUAGAGCCAAAUCAAAAAAGAUAUUAAGUGUCAUUGAAGAAAAAUAGUGUGAAGGUGUUUGUUAUAUAAAAAAACAUGCUUUACAUUACAUGAUAACGUUAAAUUAGCUUUAGCUCUUAACAGUGUUUAAUCCACCUGUGAUGACCAUCUGCAUAUUUCAAAAAAAGUGUUUUUGCUGUUUAGGGAAAAAAAUACAUAACAAUUAAGUGUUCACUGUGUUUCAUGUGUUCACUGUGUAAAUAUGUCUGUUUGGUCUAUAAUGACAAUAUUGUCCAGACAAUUUGGUCUAACUCUCUUUCCCUUCUGUUCCCUGAAAAUAGUUUAGUCACACUCAGCAAAAUGACAGACCAAUGCAAUAUUUACUUAGAUAAUCUGUCUCUUUGCAUACUAUACUAUGUGGAGCCGUCCUUUUUGUCAUGUGCUUAGUUUGUAUGUCUCUCACAAACUUCAGGAUGGGAAAUGUUUUUGUUGUCUCACUGUAUUUGUAUUUAAAGAUAUUGUGCUUUUCAUGAAUUCCCAUGAGGUUCUUUUGUUUCAGGCAGCCACCAUGGCAAAAAACUAGCGAGGAUUUGGAGCUGUGAUGUCUUCUAGUUUGGUAAUGUCAAGGUAGCAAAUUCAUUUUUUGAGAUAAAGCCUUUGUUUUUGGGGACAAAAGAUGUAUUUUGUCUCCUUUCUGAGUGGCUCAAACACAGACCUUAUAGUGACUGUUGUACCAUGUUUCUGAGAAUAGCAGAUGUCUGGCCUGCCGUCUCAACGAUCACAGUUCUCCUAACUGUUUAUUGUAAAGUGAUAGAUUAGGCUUCACCUAGUUAUGCACCUGUUUUUUAAACACUAAUAUAUUUUAUUUGUUAUACAGCACAUGAACAUUAAACUUUAUUUUUUUGAACUCUA